CCCUAUUUUUUACCCCUCUGCAUCUUGCGUUCAUUUCUUCUGUCGCCUGUCGCGCCCAGCUUUAUCCCGGCCCCACCCAAUAUAACAUAUUGUUGAAAAACAUCUUGAACUGUCUUGUCCACAACCCGCACGCUUUUCUUAAUCAGCAGUUCUCCUCCGCCACCUGCCGAAACAACCGCUGUGAGUCGAACCGAGUGCAUUCAGUGUCCUCCAGCCGCCCCCGGAAACAUAGACCAUACCGUCGUAGUGUGCACCCCAAGAGACACCAAGCAGCCACCGCCGCAGACACCCACCCCGAAACGCGUCACCCAGCAGCCCUUGGGCCGAGCAGAGCGAACAACCAUGAGUGAAUUUGACUGGCAGAAACUUUGGUUGCCGUGCCAUGCCACAAAUCUGGGUUUGCCCAAGAAGGUCCACAACCACUGAAGAAGCUUCGCCCGCCAGCCAGAAAGCCAUCUCAGCGAAAUUGCCAGCAGCAGCAGCAGCACCUGUUUUUUGUGAUAAGGAAAGGUUGGCCAAAUCUUUCUUGUGAGAAGCCAUGAUUUUUCUUAUAAACACAUGAAAACUAGUCAAUGUCCUCUAUGAGGUGGAUUUGUGCCUGAAUUUGAGCUCCAUAAAUGGUCAGCGAAAAAGAAUGCCCAUUCUAAACACUACAGCAAUCAGCAUCUCGUUUAAAUAAUAAUCGCCAACUACAAGAAGAAGAGAAGAAGUAAAGAAAAGAAGAAAGAAAACCAAGGACACUCACACAACUCAAACCAACUCUGAAACAAGGCGGGAAUGUAUUUCCACUAGUAUUGUGAUAAUCUUAGUUUUCCCGAUAUCUAUUUUGCAUAUACAAACAACAAUUUUUGUAUUGUGAUGACUUUUCUGUAUAAGCUGCAUUUUUUAAAUUUUUAAGCAAGCCAUGCGAGUUUUUAUAAGUAUUUGUUACAAACGCUGCAACUCCGAGUCCUAAAAAGCCGGAGCGCGAACCUCAAGAAGACGAACACAAUCAGCCGCGCGUGACGAAACUGCUCUGUGCGCGAGAACUCAGUUGUUGUUUGUGUCAAGACAACUUGGACAACCCGAACAAACAUGGCGAUGGUCAACAUGAACAAUCUCCUCAACGGUAAAGACUCGAGGUGGCUGCAGCUGGAAGUGUGCCGUGAGUUCCAGCGGAACAAGUGUUCAAGGCCGGACACCGAAUGCAAGUUCGCACACCCCCCUGCCAACGUCGAGGUCCAGAACGGGCGCGUCACCGCUUGCUACGAUUCAAUCAAGGGCCGAUGCAACCGAGAAAAGCCUCCCUGCAAGUAUUUCCACCCUCCGCAGCACCUGAAGGACCAACUGCUGAUAAACGGGCGCAAUCACCUGGCGCUGAAGAACGCCUUGAUGCAGCAAAUGGGGCUGGCCCCAGGACAGACCCUGGUGCCGGGGCAAAUGCCUGCCUCAGCCGUGGCUGGUAAUGCUCCCUUCCUGGGUAUCCCUGCUCAGGUGGCUGCUGCAGGUUCCUUCUCCCCUUUUUAUACACCAGGUUCCUCAGUCCCCACUGGACUACUUCCCGUAAUACCUGCUGAUAACUCUGCCUCACAGUUGGCAGUCAUGCCUCAGGGCGUCACUGGUCAUCAAAAAAUAGCUCGAUCAGAUCGUCUUGAGACUGCAUCAGCUGCUGACAUUGCAUUGCCCAACUCUGAAUCCACCCCAGUAAUCCACCAGAGCUCAGAUAACGCAUUCCAAAUGUUGUCUGCUGAAACUAAAGCAAAUAGAAAGCGACCUGCACCGCCGUCCGCACCACUCGCAGUUCUUAACGCUGGAUUGCCAGAGGAUACCCUGCAAAUGGUGGACGUGAAGUCACUGGGCAAUUUUUACUACGACGCAUUUACUGGAAUGGCAGUUCCCUACAAGAGAGCAGCCACUGACAAGUCAGGUGUGCCUGUGUACCCGCAACCAAGUGGAAAUACACUCCAACAAUUGAUGACCCUGCAACAGCAACCCGCUUCGUAUAUUCCUGUAACGUGUGAGUAUUCGAGCAGUACCGGUGGUACGACCAACCCGCAGGCCUCUUCCUCCCAUGUUACUACAACAAGCACCACUGCUUCUGCCUUGAUGAUCACAAACUCUAUGGCCUCUGUUUCCUCCUCCGCAUCCUUAACCCCUUCCGCAAGCACACCUACUACGUUGGCUACUAAUUUCCCUCUGGUCAACAAUACCGAAGGACCCGAAGAGAGUAAAAACCCCUCACCCUCACUGUUGCCACAGUCUUUCAUUGAAAACAGUCUGCAACAACAGCAGUCGCAACAGCAGAAGCCAACGGAGAACGGAAACGACGACGAAAACGAAAAAAACAAUAAUGUAACCGAGACGCUUGACGUCUCGGCCUACUACCAACAGCCCAAAGUGUCGCAGGCGAGCGCCAUCACGAGUGUCGCGCCUUCCAUAAGCCCUAUGACCGCGUUGAACUAUACCGGAGUUGCCCUUAACAAGCAGAUGAUCAAUCAGACUGCCCGACUGCCGUAUCAGUCGGUGGCCGCGGCCAAUCAGGCCUCUGCGCAGAACGCCUUCUCGCAGCAGCUGCUGAUGCGGGCCAACCUAAACGCGGCGGCUGCGGCCGCCGCCGCGGCCGCCCCGUCGGCGGCGGCUAACUCUCAAAUGAUGCAGUCGGCCAUGAACAUGUCCUACAUGAACCCGUUCAUGGCGGCCCAGCAGCAGCCGCGCCUGCUGCUAUCGCCGCAGAUGCUGAACCAGUUCGGGAUGAUGCAGCAGAUGUCGCAGCCGCACGCGCACCACAGCUUCAUGCAGUCGGCCCAGCUGCACCACUACCACCCGUACGCGUUGCCGCUGGCCACCGCCAGCGGCCAGCAGGCGGUCGGCUCUACCCCGCAGAGCGUGGCCGCCGCCGCGCUCUCCUACAAAAAGAUGAAGUCCAUCUAAUGCAGAUGCCGACUGACGCUUUCUGUAGUAGUAGUAGUCUCGCAUUUUGUGCCAUACACGAAACCGGGGGAGGCGGUGCAGGUGGGCCGGCCGCUUUCGCUGCAUGCGGCCUUGCAAAAUAGCCAGCAAUUUCGAAGCCGACCGCACAGUCGCAUCAAAUUGUAUUUUCGUAAUUUUACUGACUCGCAAAAAAGUACAAGGGACGCAGUUUUAUAAAUUUGCCACGGAUGCCAUAUUUUUCCCGACGAAACUCACUCGUUCGUUCGUUAUUUCAUUCAUUCACUUAUUGCUUUACAAUUAAUUAGCCUAAUUUUGUGUAGUUUGUUGAGUUCCUGCCACUGGCUUGAAUCUACCUACCCCCUUCCCUCCCCCCCAAACUGAAUCGAAGAGAACUUGUAGAUUUUAGAGAGAUGCUUUGAAUGUGCGUACGACGACGUUUAACAACUUAACCACUAGCAGUUAGUUGAAUUGCGAUUCUCUCGUGUACCCUCGCUCUAUCCUACUCGUGAAAAAUCCUAUUGAGAUGAUCGUCUGCUUCAAUUGUAAUCCUGCCCGUUUUUGCGCGCGCCCCUCUCAUGAUCGUCUUAUCUUCCUACAGACGCGUAGUUCACAAAAUUUAGGUCUCAAUAUUAUCAAUUCUCCUUCCCCUUUAGUUCCUCCUACUACUAGUCUAUUUAGGGAAGUAAUUUAAUAUUGUGUUUGUUUUUUUAAUCAUUUUAAAUUGUCAAUGCGCGCUGGAUGACCAUCAUUCGUUAUCCUCCCCUCACCCUUUUGGUAAUCGAAACGACCAUCAACUAAAUUUAACGCGAAAACUUAUACCUUGCACAGGGUAGCUGUGAUAAUAAAAUGAUUCUACAACAAACUGCAGUCUCAGUUCGUGGAAAAAGAACCUUGGGCGAGAAGCUGUUGUUUAGACUCUCAUCAUCUGCUUUCAAAACCAGCCGGCUUUAAUUGAUUUCUGGGCACUCCUGUUCCAUCCGUUGAUCCUUAACAAGGAAAUUAAUCAUGCAAACGUUCUCAAGUGCUUGUGGAAGGUGGCUUUUGUUGGAGACACACAAACUUGCUUGAUCGCUUGAUUCCAUAGACGGGCAGACAUACUUUGUCAAAUCGAAAUAGUUGUACAAAUAAUACUGCGGGCAUGAAAAACUUGGCUUUCACAUUAUACUCGGAUAAAAUGAAUGAUUAACCCAAGAUGCAUUUAUUGUGACAAAUUCCACUGCGCCUUGGCACCGUACACACUACUUUGUUAAUAUUUUUAUCACAAACGCUAAUGCUUUUACUGAUGGUGUUUGACUCCGCAUAAUUCACUCUGUUUGAUUCAUUAAUUGCCACGAGAGCGCAGAGCUGCAGAGCUUUUGACCCAAUUCACAAAUCUCACAAAGAGAGGAACUGCAGACGAAAAAAGCGAAAGCAAAAACAAAAAACCAAACGCAAAGGCAGAUCUCGCAUAUUUUGCCUUGAAUGCCAAGUUUGAGCGUUGAUGUGAAGUUUUAAGAGACGGUGAAAAUUUUAUGUACGAAUUAUUAUAAUAUAAUUAUUACUGUUGUGUAGUCAUUAAAAAUUAUGUGAUAAAUUGCGUGAGAAGAAAUGAUGCCGACGGCGGCAUGCUAAAAUUAUUGAUAGCCGAGUUUAACUUUCAAAAUUUGUUGUUGGUAUAAAGUAAUUCUUCAGUUCAAUUGUAACGAGUUUGAAUUACUUUCCUCUUGAAUUUAUUCGUGGAUAGAUUUGUUGCAUUUGUUGGUGUUAACAUUUACUGAUAACUGAUUUGUUUUUGAUCUGGACGAGUUUUAUAUAACGAGGAAAAAGUGAUUGAACUUAACAAUUAUAUAAGUCACAGCACCGCAAAUAUAUUUUCUAAUACUGAAACACACGAAGUAAAAAAUAAUAAUCCAUUUUGAUACAUUAAAAGCGAAAAAAAAUUGGUCCGAGAGAUGAAAGUAUUUCCAUACAAUGUAGGCCUGAAGCUUUGAUUUGUACUGUUCCUACGCGAACUAUAUUGUAUUGUUAAAACAUGUCUCCUAGGAUUUUAAGUAUUUCACUUUACUAGUUUGUAACGAAAUGAGUUUCACACUCGCGUCGAGGCUGGUGGACACGCAUGUCACUCGGAAAUGGGAGCGGCUCGAUCGGCAGACUCCAAAAUUCGCCUUAUAUUUUGUGACGUGACAGUUAUUUUUGAAGACAAUAAUGAUAUCCGAAAAUCUGUGAAAGUAAACGCCGUGUCAGCCUGAGGAAGCGGAUCGUCCUCGAAAGGGCACCUGUCGCCAGUCUCGCGCGUCCAAGUAGCCAUUAUCUCUAAACAAUCUACACAAAGCGCGGGGUCCUGGAGAGCCCGCGCGAUACUCUAUGUUCAACAAACAAUGAUGUGUGUGUAUAUAAUAUUGCCGCAGUUAACUAGCGAAAAAUGCUGUAGUUUAACGUAGAGCCAGAAAGGGAGAAAAGAAAGUUCGUUAAGUCCGUAGAUGAAUUAUUGCAUUGAAGCAACAACAUUCGAGUUUAAGAGUAAAGGAAUCAUGUGCCUCUUGCCUUUUUUCAUAUUAGUUUUAUUUUCACGUGCGUAACAUAACACUACCGCAUUAUAUACAGAUACGAAAUGAUGACGACAUGAUGGUGUAAUAUUAAUAUCGUUUUAUUUUUAAUCGUGUAAGGUAGUACGUAAUGGAAAUAACCCUAAGGCCGAGUGGCUGUCGUAUGGGGCUAUCUUGAAAGAAUCGAUGUGAUGCAAGAGGAUUUCAAUAAUUGCGAUUUAAAUUUUUCAGUUGCUUUCAAACGUUUUUAAGAAAGUUGAACAAAGUCGUAUCAUUGAGGCACCACGAACGGUUUUUUCGUGUUUGGUCAAGGAAUUAUUCGUGAUUAAAACUUAAAAUUGUCCCCCGUUUUCGCCAGGGACGCAAAAAACGCGAACGGUUUGUGUUAAAAAUUCGGGCUAUAAUAUAUUUAUAAUUUUGUGACAGUGCCUUUUAUUUUUGUGAUUGUUGAUUCGAAUAGGCUGCAAAAGAAAACUUUUGGGUGUGGAAAACAGAACGAUUUCUGAAAAUUUUGAGGAGAGCAAAGUUCCUCUCGAAUUACACACCACACACAUCAUUUCGUACAACGCAAAGAAACCCAAAUUUUUGUGUGAAGAUUCGGAUUGUGCGGCCGCCCAGAGCCUCUUUUAGGCAAAAUUGGACGCGUGCGAAAGCACUCCGGGCGGCCAGUUCAGGACUGUGAUAUCAGAAUGAAAUUUUCAAACACUUCUUUUUCAUUCCAAGAGGCGGUGCCCGCCGCUGAAACUUAACGUGUGUUUGUUAGUCGUAUCGUAACUUAUGAUUUUUGUCUGACGAAAAGUGGCAACCAAUUGUCCCCUCUAGACCUCUCACUACUCGAAAGAAAUGAAAAAAUUUCCAAUACUUAUUGUUGAUCAAUGUACUGCGACAUGAUUUUAUUGAUUGAUUGAUUGAUUGAUGCUACACUCUGCUACAGCUACCAUAGGCCACAUAAUUACAGUUGUUCAUGUAUUUGUAGAUCACGCUUUGCUAAAAAUUGGCACGAGUUCCACUCCUUGAAUUAGCUUUUCCCUAUUUAUAUAUGAUUGCUCUCACUUUGCCCUGAUUAAUUGCAUUCUGACGCACACCAAGGACAGAAAGACUCCUUGUUUGUACAAGACCAAGCUAGACAGUCUCAAGCUUCUUCUGCUCUACCAUACAUUUAUAUAAAAUCCACGCAACCAUCCUGCUGCAUUAUUAUAAUUAUUAUAUAGAGAGAGGGAGAAAUCAACGUGUUUGUAAAAGCAGAUAUAAAAAUUUAUUAUACAAGUGCCUAUCUUUAAUAAUUGUGAGAGAUCGUACCCGAUGCAAUUAAGUUGUUGAGGCAAAGUGUUUGAUUUGUUUUAUUUUCUGAGCUAUUGCGUGUUGUUCCUGGUGCUUUAAGCUUUGUUGCAAGUGCAUGGGUGAGCCAAAAGGUUCGAGAGAACUGCUUCCUUAGUCGAGAGACAGACAGACAGACGAGAGUCGGCACACAAUUUCACACGAUGCAUUCAUAGCAGAGCCGCCGCUUUUCUAUGACGCGAAAGCAAGCAAAAGCUAGAGGGCUGCAGGCGCGCGCGACUUUUUGGCUCGUCCGCACUUGACCAUGUCUUGUAUCUCGUUUUUCCUUUUGGAUGGCCCCAGUAUUUUGGAAAUAAUAAUUGCCUGAUAUGCA